CUCCCAUUUGAAGAUUUCUUAUAAGAUGACUCAUGCCAAAAGGUUAUUUAAUAUCCUCGAGUUGGGCUUUUGAAGAUAGUGUUUGAACAGGGAGGUAAGCCAUAACUGCCUCUGUGAUACGUAGAGCCGACAACCAGCUCGUCUAAACACUGUGAGCAUUACACUGGCAUCACUAUGACUCUCUCUAACAACUCUACGGCGAUGCCACCAACUUCCAUCAACUAUUCGUCUAUAAGUUCUACAAUGUCAAGUCUAGUUACUACGUUGAUGUCGACGGAGAACACGAGCUAUGCGAGCGGCAGCUUCWAUGCAACGACGCCUCCACCUCGGCAACGGAGUUCCUGUCCAAUGCAUGUGGACACCGACGAAGAAAAACUUUUUAAGAUAAUUGGUUAUUGUAUCAUUCUGGUCUUAUCGCUGGUUGGAAACGUCCUUAUCAUAGCAGUGAUUCUUGGCAACAAGAAAAUGAAAAGGUCAACCAACUACUUUAUCCUCAACAUGGCUAUCUCUGAUUUGGCCGUUCCUGUUCUCAUCAUUCCUUCGGCUAUUUCAGAGCUUGAACUAGGCAUGUACGGCUGGAUGAUUGAUGGGGACUUCGGAAUGGUACUGUGCAAAGUGACGAGCUUCCUUCAAGAUGUCUCCGUCACAGUCUCCAUCGCCAGCCUGAUCUUGAUUACUGUGGAUCGAUUCUUUGCCGUUGUCUUUCCCAUGAAGCAUCACAUCAUGUCAGGAUUUGUUUGCAAGAUUGCCAUUGCUCUAUCGUGGCUAUUUGGCAUGAGCUUGCAUGGCAUCUACUUAUACACUAUAGUCAUUUAUAGACAUCCUAAAACGAAUAGGCUGGUUUGUAUCAACCGGUGGGACAGGCUUGGUUCGUCGGGGGUCGAAAUACAAAAAAAGUACUUCGCAACAUUAUUCUUUCUUAUUAAUGUGCUUCCAUUCCUGGGAAUGACAACGGCAUACACCAUAAUCUACAUCAACCUAAAGAGGCAAAACGUUCCUUUGGGAGACUCACUGACUGACCGCCAGAAAAGACAGAGAGCACUAAGGGAAAGGAAAGUACUUCUAAUGGCUGUAGCAAUAGUCGCAUCUUUCGCGGUUCUGUGGGCUCCCCACAAUACGUUAUCAUUUUUGUACUUGUUUGUCUAUACUAAAAAUCGUCCAUGUUGGAUCAAGAAUUAUGCAAUAAUUGGAUUUUACUUAGCUUUUGCCAAUGCAGCGGUUAACCCUUGCAUUUGCUUCAUAUUCAGUGAAAAUUUCCGACAGGGAUUCAAGGAAUUGCUCGUUAAAGCAGGUAUUUUCAGACGCCGCAACAUCGGUCGACAGCAAACCACACAGAUCAGCAUGACAAACCAAUCUCGAUAUAACAAAGCAUACGACGACCAGGAGACAAAACAAGACGAGUCUUAACCACUGCGAACUCUCCUUGAUCAUCGAACACUGAUUCUUUUAUUUUGAAGAUUUCGCUUUGAUCUGUACAUAAUAACUUUUUUUCAGCUUUCAAAAUCCCACUUUUUCCAUCCCUUUGACUUGAUUGUUAUUCACACACGCAUUCGUCCGUUAACUUUUUUGGCAUGAAUUUUAUAAAUUCAAGAGGUUACGCACUUCAAGAUAUGUUAUUCUGAAGUUUUUGGCCUGACAAAAACUUUUGUUUUUGUAUUUAUAUUCUCAGAUUAUCGAACUAACUGAAUUAUUAUGAUAUUCUUCGAAUAUAAUAUAGUAAACUUUUAUGUAUUUGUUCAUGUUAAAAAGAUAGGACCUCUCACGACGGCUGCAGGAUUCAUAAUGCGCCAGUGCCGCGUACGCGUCGUUUUCCCGCCUUGUCAGAUUUAAACUUAAGAGCUUUUCGUUUUUUGGGGGGAAAUAUGUAUC